GUAUGGCAAGCCAUUGAUCGCUGCAUGUCCCGGAUCCCGGCCAGGGACUCGUUGGCCCUCAUGGGGGACUUCAACACCCCACUCAAGCCUUGUGCACCUCAUGUAGGAGCUCACACCAAUCCGCUCCCGUGCCAUCCCCCAGAGGACAUGGAUGAUUUCAUGGCACUGCUCGUUACUUAUGAUCUUGUUGCAUUGAAUACCUGGUGCAGGACCAUAGAUAAGAAAUUGCCCUCAACCUUCAGAUUCCAGGCCACUGAGUCUCAGAUUGACUUCAUCCUGACACGUCGUCCUGAUGCCACACACCAGGUAAGGCCCAGCAUCGACCGUGAUGCUCUGCUGCAGGCCCUGGACCAUCCCACCGAACCUCAGCACCUUAUGCAAAUUGCUUCCAUUCGUCAGGCGGUUGCCAAUCACAUGGCCUCUUGCCCUGCUCUUCCGGGAGUGAGCACCUUACAUCAUUCUUUGUUCAAAGUGUGCUCUGAUGUCUUCCCGGCACAGGCAAAAACCAGACCCUCCCACACCUGGCAGGCUGCCGAAGUGCAGCAUGGGGUCAAGAGCAUGCGGCGGCAGUGGCGAGCCUUCAAAAAGAUUCGUAAAAAUGGUCUCCAAGGCUGGUUUGCUGCCUGGAAAGCCUGGCGUUCUUUCGACCGACACUAUCGCGAGCACCAGCUCCGAUGCCGCCAGGCCCGUCGCUCAAAACUCCUCAAUGCCAUGGAGGAAGCACAGCAGUGUGCCAAUCGUCACGAUUCGCGAGGCCUUUAUCAGAUUGUUAAGCGCAUCGCCCCCAAGCAGCCCUUCAGGAGAAUGCAACUCCGGGACCCUGAGGGUCUCAUGAUGUCGCCCAGUGCCGAGGCCGACCUGUUGCAUCAGCACUUUCAGCAACGUUUUCGUGCCGAGACACAGGACCCACAGGAUCCUGAUGCGAUCCACCUGGCCGGAAAGCAGUGCCUGAUGGACACCCUCCGAGUGCAGCCUGGUGAAAGCCGCACCUUUGAUGCCACGAAAGGCAUACGUCAGGGCUGUUCUGCCUCGCCAUUGUUGUGGCUGAUCUUUUCCCACGCCAUCAGCUGUCGCUUGGAAGGCUACAUCUCCUACGACAGAAUCUGUGCCAUGCUUACCAUUUUUGCUGACGAUUACCAUGUGGCGGGGACCUUUUCCUCGCUGCAUGAGCUCGAACAGCUCUUAAGCUGCAUCACGGCUCUUUUCAAGGUCCUCAAAGCCUUUGGUAUGGAGGUGAGUGAUGCCAAAUCACAAGCAGUGCUGGCCCUCAGAGGGUCACUGGGACCUUCAAUCCGUCGCAAGUACGUCUGUAAAGGCCCUGAUGGCCCCAUCCUUCGCAUACCACUUCUUGGUGGCAGUCUCAGAAUCCCGAUCGUCCCACAGUUUCGGUACCUAGGCACCCAAAUUAACUACACAUCGUUUGAGAAUGCCACGCUCGAGUUCAGGUCUAUAUUGCGGCUCCCUGUGCACCUGACCUACAAGACCAACACCGAAGUCAUGCAACAGGCUGGGCUGCAACUCCCUAGCCUUAUGCUGGUGUCUCUGCUGACACGGGAAGGACAUCGCAAGCAAUCCACUUUGGAUGCACAUGUAUGUCUACCGGCCAGCUCCUGGUGGAGCACAGUGAUGCACAGCCUCCAUCAUAUGCCGGAAUCCUCACAAUUGAUCUCGGUACAGACCCCUACUAAGCCCCAGACCUGUCCUGAAUGUGGGAUUUCAUAUAGCACCCGCGCUGCACUCCUGACCCACCUAGCCAAAUGCCACCCGGAGAAGGCUGCAGCUGCACCUCCUGAACCCUAUCAAAAAGCCCUGGACUCACUAGGAGGAUUACCCCAGUGCUCGCAUUGCAAAAAGAAGUUCUCCACCUGGCAGCUUCUUCAACGACAUGUUGAGGGUAACUACUGCAGUGUGAGACAUUCGUUUCUGCCGCAACCCUUGACAGCGCCUGACAAGCCAGAACAGCCAGUGCAGCCCGUACCGCCAGUCUUUUCAGACACCCAGCUUCAGCAACUCCUUCAUAAGUAUGCUGCCAAUGCUAUUUUCCACAUUUCACAUAAACAGCGGUACAGGCAGCACUGCCUGGUAUGUGGACAGUGGGUUGCCUCCUCCAAAGUCAUGAAGCUGCACUACCAACACAGCCACCCGCAGCUCAUGCAACAACACAAUCACAAAACACCUGCCUUGUGUGCAUCAUAUACAGGAUGUGGGAACCCGUGCCUGUACUGUCAUACGUCAGUUGCCAUCCCCAGACUGCAUAAGUUUGCCUGCACUGUUCUGUGUGCAGCUGAUGGCGGCCCUGGAUCAGGAGAUAAAGGAAGUCUUCGGGGACCUGGCCCAGAACAGCCUUCAGGGCUUCGGCGAUGCACUGUUUGGGACGGGGAGCCCACCUCCGAAUGUGGGGCCUCCCACCAAAGCUGCCAAGCUGGAGGGAGCACCGGGCAAGCGCCAAAGACCCUCAGACAACGGAAGCUCACCUGGUUCCCACAAUCAGUGGGGCAACAACAAGGGCCGGGGCAAGGGCAACAAGAACCAGCCUCAACUUCAUACCCUGGUGCAUGCUAUGGGGCGACUCAUCAUUCGACAAGAAACACAGCUCCAAAUCCUGAAGCAGAACUCAGCCUGGACCUUGUACCUCAAGCCGGGCCCCUCGGGGCCAGUAGCUCUACUGUACAAGACGGCAGAAAAGUACACGGAGGAGUCGAAGACAAAGUUCAUGGACACCCCGGUUCGAGCUGUACUCCUCCCCUCGGUUCUCUUCAGGACAUCAGCAGCAGUCAGGAGAAGCAAAAGGUGCUCCAGGAGAAGGGUUGGCUCAACCAGGACGGGCUCUGGAAUUACCAGAGGUGGGACGGGGAACAGCAAGCUCUGGUGAUCGACGAAGCACGCCAGCCUGUGAAUCAUCAGGACUUGAUCGGCAAAGUGGGUCAAUUUGCCGAGAUAGUCUUGAACAAGGAUGUCAUACACAGGUUCAAUGCGACGCACUCCCUGUCCAUGAACAAGACAGGCACCAGCACAUUUCUGCUGGAGGUGGGACUGCGAGCGCAGGGAGUGGAGCUGGCCUGGGCAAUCCUGGAGGCGAUCUCAGGCCUCUCAGCUCUUCAGGUGAUCGGGCUACAAGUCCGGAGGGAGGGCCUUCGCCGUGGGGGCCUUGCCAACGACGUGCAGAAGCUUCUGAAUGCAUCUGCAGGCUGGAGUUGCAUAACCCAUCCAACCAGUGCUACAUGA